UUUUGAGGCCGAGCAAAAGUCCUCCUCCAUGGCCUCCCCGAAUUCCUCCCAUACCCGAGCUUUUGCUUCAGCGACUGCCGUAGCUGCAGCCCUUCUGACCGAGCGGUACCUACCCGCUGCUUCCGGAGACCCCUCGGCCAGCCAAGACCGAAAGGUCAUACAGACCUUUACUCUGCUUUUUUAUCAACCUCCUGUUGCUGAUAUUCAAUGGCUAAGGUGGCUGAGAAAUCAGUUACCUAGCACAGCUGCUGGAUUCUUGCACUUUCACAAGACCAUGCAAGAGUCAUGGGUUCACCGGUUCCCAAAUCCAUGUUUUCAUGCUCCAAGUAAUGCAUAGUCCCUAAUCAACCCAAUCAAUAGAAGAAAACAUUGGCAUUACAAUUCAAUCGUAAUCUCUUAGUUAAGUUUAGUUUCAAUGUUUGUCAUAUUUAAAAAUAUCUCAUUUCAUGCUGCAUUAAAUGGCUAUUAUCAGUGGAACAAUUAUGUCUUAUGUUGUGAUGACACGAAAUUUCCUGUGAUUAGACCUGACUUGACAGAUAAAAUUACUUGGACCAAAUGAUUUGACUCACAUGUCUGCUGCAUCGUCUACAGGGAGAACUAGAAUGAAUACUAAUUAAAUCUCUCUUCUGCAGGUAUUUGAUGCACUUCAUUUAUAACAAAACUGUCAUUUGUAAUAAUAAUCAUAAGCACACCAUACUGUGCAAACUAAAGUAGGUGUUGUGCUUCAAUUUGAGCUAAACUUAUUAAAUUCCCUGACACAAACUUAAUCACAAAACAGUCACUAGAAAAAAACCCAGUUAUAUAAGUUAUGUAAGACUGAUUUCUCAAGAUUACAAAUAGAAAUGGAGAAGGAAAUGAGAGUCAGUCUAAGUCACGUGCUGUGGAGAAGAAAUCAAAGCAGAAAGAAUUUGUGCAAAGAAGAGUUUUUCCUGCGGACGGAGAGACUGACUGUCUCAACCAUCAAAUCAGGAUGUUUGUUCUCAUGUGUGCGACUCUGCUUUUCUCUUUGGGAUGCAGCACUGCUGACACAGGUGCACCAGUGCUGGGGAGACCAGACUGUCAAAAUGGAUACUGUAUCACACUGAGUGAAGGAGCUAUAACAGCAGAGGCUGGACUCUGUGUUGUGAUUCCCUGUUUAUUCACCACUGGUUAUAGCUUUACAACUAAAAACAUGGUUUGGUACAAAUGUGAACCAUCUAAACAAAGAUGUGCUGAUUCAGACAUCAUAUUGCCCCAAAACAAGAACAACAGGGUUCAGUCUGGGUUCAAAGGACAAGUUUCACUGUUGGAGCCUGACGUGAAUCAGAGGACCUGCAGCAUCAUCAUCAAUGACCUCACUGAGUCAGACUCUGGAUCAUAUCAGUUCAGAGUUAGUGGUCUCAUAUUUGGGAUGCCAAAUGGAUUUACAUUCUCUCCAAAAGCAAUAGUCUCUGUUAAAGGUCUGACCCAGAAGCCCACAGUGAUGGUUCCUCCUCUGACAGAGGGACAGCAGACCACACUGACCUGCACUGCUCCUGGUCUCUGCUCUGGAUCUGUUCCUACAAUCACCUGGACGUGGAGAGGAGCAGGAGAGGACGACUCUCACAUCUCAGGAAACAUCACAGCCUUCAAGACUGAGAAUCUGACUGCUGUCACUCAGAGACACAGCUCAACUUUGACCUUUAAUCCUUCAGCUGAACACCACGGCAGCAUUAUCACCUGUAAGGUCGGCUUCACAAACGGCAUCACCACAGAGGAGACGGUGACUCUGAAUGUGACCUCCGUGCAGGCACAGGCACCAGGUGCAGUUCUUCCCUGGGUCGUCGUCGCUGGUGUUUCUCUCAUUGUGAAUGUCAUCUGCAUCAUCCUCUUGAUGUUCCUUUGGAACACAAGAAAUAAGGUGAAACCAAAGCAAGAGGACAGAACGUACAUGUCACUGAAGAGAACCGACCUGUCACCAGAGUAUGAUGUCAUCGCUCAACCUCUGCACUAACAACAAGCCGUUCAACACGUAGAAGGAUGCCACUUUUCUUUGCAUUGUAUUUAAUUUAAUUGUAUAUUUUUCAGCAUUAUUAUUGAAUGUUAUUGAUCAAGAGCAAUAUUUCCUGAUUACCUGCUUUGUAUUCUGCAUUUCUCCACCAGGCUGCACUUUUGACAAAAAGUCAUUUUCAACUUAAACAAACUGUUUUGAAUUUGGUUGAGGAUGGGAGAAUUUCAGAUAUUUUUGCUGUUGGUGGUUCAAACAGUCGGGCUAUCAGAGCUGGACAAGGACCUGGAAUAUUGCUUUUAUUUGAGAUAUUUUGAGCUGGUGUGACUAUGUUUAUCUUUGUACCGUCGUCCCUGAACAGAUUUCACAAACAGCAACACGCUCUGUUGUGGUUACCAAAUUGAAUGAAGUAACUCUGGAAUAAGUGAAUGUGCGACAUCCUGUAUUAGGAUCUGUGAUGUCAACUUUGGAGUUUCCUUUGUUUCAGUUUCAUCAACUGAACUUCCUCUUUGUGUUUUCUGCACUUUCUGUGUGUGAAGUUUGUGCUGUGGAGCGAGAGGCUGACUUUCUCAAUCAUGAUAGCAGCAUGUUUGUUCUGAUCUCAUCCUAUUUUUGAUUACAAAGAAGGUCUAGUUGCUCUAUAAAUAUGUGAAAGUGAAAGUUUAAACAACCUGUUGGGACCUGUGUAAGGUUGUGAACUUUAUUGUGAACUGUGUUUUAUUGAUAAAAAUCAAAAUCAUUAUCAAGAAAACCAUGGAAAAUGUCUAGAUAUGAGCUCUUAAGUUAAUCUCUUAUCAGCUAUUUUUGUUAUCAUUAUAUUUGUCCAAACAAAUGUGCAUUUAGUUGUACCGGGCAUUAAAUGAACAAGAAAUUGAAGAAAACAAUGGUCUAAUAAUUUUUUCAAUGAUUGUAGGUAGAAAGUGUCACUCCAGUGCUGUUACGAUCAUUUCCCAGCUGAAAUGACUCUCGUAUCUUUGCUUUUCUCUUAAACUCAUCCAUCUACAGCUCAGUUACUCUAAACUGCCCGUAGGAGUGAAUAAGAGCGUGAAUGGUUCUCUAACAUGGAAAACAUUAUCAAUUUAAAAGGAUACACAUGUUUAUAAAUUUAACUACAUAAUAUAUUAAGUAGUCAAAAUUAGCCCUACCUUGACAACAAGUAUGAGUACUUUUACUUUUGAUACUUUAAGUACAUUUUGAUACUGAUACUUUUGUGCUUUUAUGUAGUAGGUUUUGAAUGCAGAACUUUUACUUGAAGUGGAAUAAUUUCACAGUGUGGUAUUAGAAAUGUUUAUUUAAGGAUUUGAAUACUUCUUCCACCACUAAUCUUUUAUCACGAAAAAGUAGAAAUAAUAUAUAAU